GACAGCUCGGAUAUGAUGUAGCAACUUUUCAGACGUAUCGGAAGUUACAACCGUGUAGCAGAGAAAGCCGUGUGCGGCGUCAAUCACACUGUAAAGAUAUUAAACUUGUGACAGUUUGCCCUAUUUCACCAAAUGGCUUAUCCAGGAUACGGCGGGUACGGGGGUCCGAUGCCAGGAAUGCCAGCUCAGGGAAUGCCCAUGCAAGGAAUUCCCAUGGGGGGCCCCAUGCCGGGGCACAUGGGUGGGCCGAUGGGAGGCGCACCACCCCAAGGAGCCUACACCGCCUAUGGGGGAGGCUAUCCGGGCACAUACGGCGCCCCUCCCCCAGCCGCCAAUGAUCCAAUGUGGAGUUACUUCACAGCCUUGGCAGGCCAGGACGGAGAGAUCGAUGCAGAGGAGCUCCAGAGGUGUCUGACCCAGUCUGGUUUCACCGGAAGCUACUCUCCGUUCAGCCUCGAGACGUGCAGGAUCAUGAUCGCAAUGCUGGACAGGGACUUCACAGGGAAGAUGGGCUUCAACGAGUUCAAGGACCUCUUCACGGCCUUGAACGGCUGGAAGCAGAACUUCAUGAUGUUCGACCAGGACAGGAGCGGAACGGUGGAACCUCACGAGAUGACUCAGGCAGUCAACGCUAUGGGCUACCGCGUCAGUCCUCAGGCGCUGAAUGUCAUCAUCAAGCGCUACAACAAAGGAGGGAGGAUCUUCUUUGACGACUACGUGGCCUGCUGCGUCAAACUGCGAGCUCUCACAGAGAACUUCAGAAGGAGAGACACCAUGCACCAGGGAUCGGUCUCCUUCCAGUAUGACGACUUCAUCCUGUGCACAAUGGCCAUCUAAGCUCUGCCGCGUGUCCCACGCCACGAGGUCAGCGCGCCCAACGAGCCGAUCAGUGGCGCAUUCUGGGCCGUCGCCUCACGUGAAUGCAAAGGGAGGCCAGUGUAUUUGAUUGAGCGGCCGUGGGACGCACCAGGAAAGUACUCAUUGCUUGUAAUGCUUGCCGUAACGCUUUAGUCUUGUUUGUUGCACAAGGACGUGCUAUAUAUAUAUAUAUAUAUAUAUAUAUAUAUAUAUAUAUAUAUAUAUAUAUAUAUAUAUAUAUAUAUA